AUGCGCUGCACACUCGCACUGGCCGAGUGCAUGUGGAGAGGCUUGACCGUUUGUGCUUGUACAGUUUCAGACCCCGUACUUGCGCCAAGCUUCACUUUGUCCGACGGCAGCAAGCUUGUAUUGGCUCGAACGGCUCGAGGGCCAUACUUUGCAGUCCGCUCCGUACUUGUUUAUCAAAGCGAAAUGAAGCCCGAGGAUUCGGGGCUGACGACACUAAUUUGCGCCUCGACACUUGAUCCCACACAACCUCGUUGGUUAGCGUUAUGGAGGUCGAUGCAUGUCGACGCGCUUCAGACAGCACCUGGCCUCUUGGCACCGACAGUGGCGAAUGCAGUACAUUUCCAAGCAGCGGGGUACUCUGGCAAGGCAGUUUGCGUUGCCGAACGUACUCCUAAGCCUCGACACUCGAGCUCCUCCUUUGCCGUCCUGCUCCCGGGCGCCGGGCUUGUCUACCGGAAGCGAUAUGCAAUCAAUGCACUUCGAGGCAACCCGAGCGCAGCUAGAGAAAUGAUAUUGUUUCGAGGCCUUGCCGUGCUACUUUCAGUACUUUCGGCUCCGGCUCCUUGCACUUCUGCCGUUACACAAGAGGAUGGCAUGGCAGCUGGGUUCUUCGGCAGUGUCAGAGCGGUUUCACGUCCGACUCGGCUAGCAUUGGAGCUCGAACUGUGA